UGUCUUCCAGUCCUUAGACUGUUUUUGCUUGUCUUUGCAGGUAUUGAGGACACAGCUGCGUUAUCCCCAAAAUUUACCUUCAAUCCUAAAGAAGGGAUCGAUAAUCCCGCCUUGGUCAUAAAUGAUGACGUUGAAUUGUCGAUCUUGAUCAAGCCCAGAGUCUGUGUCCUGUCUAAGAAGAACCAUGAGGUGUUUGGCUUCUACCUGCGGGCUGAGAAGGGGAGGCAAGGACACCUCAUCCGACAGGUGCAGCCUGCAAGCUACGCUCAGCUGGCUGGGCUCUACGAUGGCGACAGGGUGCUGGAGAUUAAUGGGGAGUACGUAGAUAACUUGGCACAUUCCAAGGUUGUGGAGAAAAUAAAGCGGAGUGGCAACAAAAUCAUCUUUCUGGUUAUUGAUGAAGUCUCCUAUGAAGAUGCCAGAACGAGGAAUCUGAAUCUUGCAGAUUUUGUACAGGCUGAACACGGGGUCCCACAUGGUAAACCACGUCUCUGCUAUGUAGAAAAAGGCCCCGAUGGAUUUGACAUUCAGUUGUGCUCUCCUGAAGGUGUCAAAGGUCCAUUUACGUUGAGCAUCCAACAUGGGGGAGGUGCUGAAAAAGGUGGACUACAGAUGGAUGACAGGAUCAUUGAAGUUAAUGGAGUUAAUAUUGAGGAUUGCACACAUUUCCAAGUUGCCAAAAAGAUUAAAGAGAGUGGAGAUUCAGUAACGUUCCUCGUGGCUGAUCAGAAGACAGAAGCUUACUAUAGGGAGAAAGGCAUCAAGAUCAUUCCAGCCAUGGCCUGCUUCAAGCACUUGCCAUUCAAGACAAGGAAACUUUACUUAGUGAAAGGGAGUUGUGGCUAUGGAUUCCUGCUGAAAACUGAGAAAACAGUUUCUGGGGCUCUUGGUCAGUAUUUGUCAGAUGUGGAUGUGGGAAGCUCAGCGGAGACAUGUGGGAUGCAGGAAGGUGAUCGCUUGCUAAGUGUAAAUGGAGAGAAUAUUGAAGGGCUGGAACAUGAUGUUGUAGUGAAGAAGGUCAGACAGAGUGGAAAUCAGGCUACUCUUGUUGUCAUCAGCUCUGAAGGAGACAACUAUUUUACGUCUCUGGGGUUGCCUCCUUUGAUUUGCGAAGAUGAAGAAGAAAUUAAUCCAAGGCAGACAACAGAAGAUCAAACAGAGGAACCAGCACCACUUCAGCGACAUAGUCCUUGUCCAUUACGGGUGGCAGGAGAAAGAAAAACUGUUCCCACAGCCAGACUUUGCCACUUGGUGAAAGGCUCCAAAGGAUAUGGCUUCCAACUUUACAGUAUCACUGAUGAGCAAGGAGCUUACAUCCAGCAGGUUAUACCUGAAGAAGUCGGAUACAAGGCGGGAAUCCGGACUGGUGAUAUGGUGAUUGAAGUCAAUGGAAAGAAUAUAGAGAAAGUCGACUAUGAGGACGUUCUUCAGAGAAUAAAAGAAAAUGAGGUCAAAGUGACUCUUCUUGUCAUGAAUAAAAAAGAAUAUUGGGACUGCAAGGAUAACAACAUCCCAAUUAGCAGAGAGUCGGGCAGUGAAGACAAUGAAAUUAAGAAAACCAAGAAUCCCGAGAAAGGGAAUUUCUCCAGCUUUGACAUCAGGAAAACAAGCCUAAAAAAAAGCAGUACUUUUCCUAUUAUCAAGCUCAGGAUGUCAGGAAGAUUGAAAAAGAACACUUAAAACGAUAACAGGGCACCAGAUUUGUGGAGUGAUUUAUUUUUGUGAAGUUAUGGGAUUCGAUGAAGUAUUCCAAAACAACUAUCUCCUUGUCAUUUCUGAAACAGCGACAAACAAGGGAAAACACUGCACUUUAUUAAUCCUUAGGAAUACUUAGAUGGGGAGAGUAGUAGAUCAUGCUUUUCAAGUGACGAUAGGCACUUCUCACCUAAAUUUCUAUUGCUCCUUUUUAAAUGGAAAAUUAAUUAUCAUAGUCCAAAUUUUGAACUAUUUUUUUUAAGAGGGGUUAUCCAAUCAGAUUGGGAAAACAUGUCAAGGUGCACUUGAAUGUUAAGAAGUAAAAGUGCCAAUCUUAGAUUUGUGGGCAGUUAGAUGCUCUUGACCUAUUUAGGAGUGAGAAGGUGUGCAGUGGCCUGGCAUUUCUAUUUUAAUUGACAUUUCCUACAGUUUGUCAGUAUUUCUGUGGACGGUCACUUUUGGAACACGUAAAUGGAGAAAUGUAAUGGUGCGUCAAUACAUUUUAUUGCUCGAUACUCCAUGUGCAUUUACUUUGUACUUCAGCAAUAUGUAUUAUUAUGUUACACUGUACAGUCCAGUAUUUAACAAGCCAGUUUAGCAGAGGGCAGUGUUAAGUUGUUGGAUACCUGCUCUUUUUGUUUGUUGAAGAGGCUUAAAAGUUUUUAUUUGAAAAGGCCUGAAAUGACAAGAACAAUCAAUAACUGGCCUUCCUGACCUGUACUUUUUUCUCUCACCAUUACACCCUUCAAUAAAAUAACAAUAACAGAACAUUCCACGUGCACCUAACAUACUGGGCUGCCAUUGCCAGAGGCACUGCAUAACAGCCAAGCCUCCCAAAAGAUGACCACUCCAAAAUCACAAAAGAGUUAUUGACAGCAGAAUUGAUCUAAGACAUCACCUUUACAACUGCUUUUUCCUUAAAAAGAGUAUUAUUUCAAUAAAAUGUAUAUAGAUUCAAUAA